UUCCAAGAUACCUUUUAUACAAGAGUUAACAGAUACGGCUACAGACAUUCGUCAGCCUUUAAUGCCAUUAACGGAGAUGCACCACAGAUGAAUAAUGUCAUGCCAACAUCUCCCCUCCUUCCUCAGAUGGCACAUCAACAUUCAUAUCCCAGCCUGGGACAGAUCACAAACCCAUAUGAGCAACAGCCCCCAGGCAAAGAGCUUAACAAGUACGCCUCUCUAAAAGCAGUUGCUGACAAAGUCAACGAUGACUUCUACACCAAACGCCGGCAUCUUGCAGAACUGGCUGCCAAGGGGAGCCUGCCCCUCCAUCCAGUGCGCCUAGAUGACAACAGAGCUUACACAAUCGACAGUGGCCUAACCAAACAGAAUGGGCAGAAAUCCAGAAUGGCAAAGAUCCACACACACCCACUAGGUUACAAUUCCCACUACAAGACCUGGGAUCCCAAUGACCAGUCUCUCAGACGGCAAGCAUACACAAACAAGGGGAAGCAUGGUAUGGGAGACCCAACAUUAAGUGACCCACUGACAACCCGGAGCCAGCAUUAUUUGGGCCCACAGCCAUACUUCAUAACUAACAGCAAGACAGAAGUAACUGUUUGAGUUUGGUUUCCUUUUCUUUUUUUUUUUUUUAACUGAAAUCCUUUAAAAUACACACACAAAUACACACACAACACAAGCACUCAACUGAAAGGCAAAAAAUAAAUCUAAA